ACUUGACACAAAUUUCACUGUUUACACAUAUGACACAAAUGGCUCCCUUAUCAGUGAAAGACCCGACAUGCAGAGUCACUGCCAUUACAAAGGCUAUGUGGAGGAUGUCGAGUUUUCAUCUGUGUCUGUUAGCCUUUGCUCUGGACUCAAUGGAUUCCUGAACAUAGGGAAUGCCAGACUAGGGAUUGAGCCUCUGGAGGGCUCCUCUGACUUUGAGCAUGUGGUGUACCGCUUGGAGGAUGAGGAGACGGAACCUUUCAGCUACAGAACCUCUCACACCCAUCACCAUGACGACAACAACAUUUCCCCUGACCAGACCAUCGUCCACUCUCACAGUGAUUUACCUGAGCACCCAGACAGUCAUUCACUCAGAAGGAGACGAGCGGUAAUGCAGCAGACUCACUACGUGGAGCUGAUAAUUGUGGUGGAUAAAAAAACAUACGUAGCACUGGAGAGUAAUGCAGCCCGGGUUCAACAUCAUAUGAUACAAGUUGCUAAUCGCCUAGAUAGUAUGUACGAGCAGCUGAACGUCCGUGUGGUGUUGGUGGGGCUGGAGAUCUGGACGGCAGGGAACCUCAUCACUGUGGAUGGCAAGAACCCUGGGAGUGUAUUAACAAACUUCUGGAAGUGGAGGAGGAACAAUCUGCUGCCCCGCCAUUACCACGACAAUGCUCAAUUUGUUGUGAAUGAACAGCUCAGUGGAGGACAGACGCUUGGCUUUGGCUCCAUGUCCACCAUGUGCAGCAGUAAGAGUGCUGCAAUAAGCACGCACGCCCAUGUAAGCUGCCUCUCAUGGACCAUGGCCCACGAAAUAGGCCACAACCUGGGCAUGCGUCAUGACCCUAAGGACUGCUACUGCUCCGCUGAAGAGUGUGUCAUGUAUGCCCUUGGAAAGUGUGGAAGCUCGUGUGAUGAUAAUGUGUUUAGCGAUUGCAGUGUUGAUAGCUUUCAGAAAUUCAUGGUGCGACUGGAUAACAGGAACUGUCUCCUCAACAUACCACAGUCACAGGACAUUUACACACCUCCCUACUGCGGCAACAACUGGCUGGACCCAGGCGAGGAGUGUGACUGUGGUUCUGAGGAGGAGUGCAAGAAGGACCCGUGCUGUGAGCCAAACACCUGUAAGCUGAAGUCCGGGGCUCAGUGUGCCGAUGGGGAAUGCUGCAGGAACUGUAAAUUCCGGCCAGGUGGUUAUGAGUGCCGCAGUCAGUCAGAUGAGUGUGACCUUCCUGAGUACUGCAACGGCUCGUCUUCUGACUGCCAGGCUGAUGUCUUUGUGCAGAACGGACAUCUCUGCAGGAACAAUCAAUCAUAUUGCUACAAUGGCAAAUGCCACCACCAUGAUGACCAGUGCAAGGCCUUGUUUGGUUCUCAGGCAAAGUCUGCUGCUGAUAUAUGUUAUCUAUUUGUGAACCGUGUUGAAAACUGCGGUGGCAGCAAGGAGUGCCUUAUCAGAAAUGGCAAGUGUGGGAAGCUGCAGUGUGACGAUGUGAACCCCGCCUCCACGAUUGGAAGACCAGGACGGACCAUCGUCACCACCACCACCAUCGGUCAGAACAAGUGCUGGGGGAUGAAGUCCAUGAUGGGACCUGAUGUUCCUGAUCCAGGCAUGGUGAACAAUGGAACAAAGUGUGGGGAGAAUGGGGUGUGCUUGAAUCAGAAAUGCAGAGACGUAUCGGAGCUCAAGCACGGCUGUGACACGCAGGGUACAUGCCUUGGCCAUGGGGUCUGUAACAGCAAUAGGAACUGCCACUGUGAUUACGGAUGGGCUCCACCAUUCUGUAAGGAGGAGGGCUAUGGGGGCAGCAUUGAUAGUGGCCCUGGAGAAAUGACACCGUACUGUGAUGACGCAUGAUAUCCUCCUCCUACAUAGCACUCACCCUACCAAGGCAAAGGUGUCUGCGGAAAUGUGUUGGACAGGCAGAUGAGAAUCAGCAGUUGUGUGUCAAUGUUCUGAAAAAGGCAAAGAUUAUGAAUAAUGUCAUGUUCUAGUUAAACAAUGCAUUUCUAGAUGAUGAAGUCUAUGAAUUACAGGUGAAAAAGAUAGAAUCACAUAACUGCUCAUUUGUUGUCCGUUUGUGUCAAAUGUAAUAAAUAAAGAUAUUUUUCACUUUUAAA